AUGAAGAGUCACUUCUGGCACGACCGGGUUGCGGCGCUGUCGCCGCAGCUGUGGCAAAUGGUGGCCAAGACCGUCCGCGCACCGACAUUUGCUUCCACUUCGGCGCGGUCCUCCUCAUCAGCCACUUCAACUCGGCCGUUCUUUCACGCAGGCGCGCCCAACAACGGCUGCCGAGCCUUAUCGUCGUCAUGUCGGAACCUUGUCCUGGCCCAGCAGUACCAGCCAAGGACAAAACAGGCGCCCAGGCCCAAGGCUGCGCCCGUCGCAUCCUCCAAAUCACGAAAGACGACGCCCCCAAAGACGGCCGCGAAAUCAUCCUCAAAACCACCAAAAGCUUCAAAACCGGCGCCGAAAACGAAGACGACACCCAAUGCCCCUCGUCAGCUCGGCACAAAACCCCACGUAAGCCAAAACCACGGCUCCGCGCGAGUGGACCCGUCUCACCACAUCCGCGCCGUCGCCUUCCUCCCACCACCGACCGAUGACGAGGCUGUUGCAACGGAAGCCGCUGCCGCUGCGGUGCGCCUGGCGCCAACACCGACAUCCGCCGUGCUCGACCGUGCCUCGUCGGUCUUUUCGGUCUCUGAGCGCCCCGGAUCCGGAUUCUUGUACUCGGCGCCGCGUUUCCUCCACAUGCCAAGGAACACGCGCAUACCCGAGAUUUGCAUUCUGGGCCGCUCCAACGUCGGCAAGUCGACACUCGUGAAUGCGCUGGCGGGGCUCGAAUCGGGCGGCAAGGCCGGCCGCGCCAACGGCUCUACAGCGGGCCGCCAGGGCCUGGCCGUGACGAGCGCCCGCGCCGGCUGCACCCGCAUGAUGAACGCCUACGGAUUUGGACCGCCGCUGCGUGCCGCGCAAGCACAAACCUUUGCACGGGUGCAGGAGGAGGAAGAGCAGAGACGGGCGAGCCGCGUCCCGGAAGCCAGCAAGAGCGGCGUGCUGUCCCGCUCCCAGAAGCGCGCGCAGACGCCCGGCGAGCCCUCGCCGGCGCACAGCCUCAUUCUGAUUGAUAUGCCGGGCUACGGCUUCAUGUCCGAGGCCGAGUGGGGCACGGAGAUUGCCAAGUACCUUGAGCGCCGUGUCACGCUGCGGGGCGCCGUCCUGCUCGUGGAUGCCGUGGCCGGCCUCAAGGACGGCGACCGCCAGGCGCUCGAGAUGCUGCGCGACGCCAACGUUCGCACCACCAUUGUCCUGACAAAGGCCGACAAGCUGCUGCUGCCCAAGCAGCUGCGCAGGCCCGCCACCGUCGCGACCGCUGAGCCCGCCUUUGACUCGGGCACGUCCACGGGCGAACAAGCCCUGCGCGCAGGCUGUGUGCGCAUAUGGAGGAUGCUGCGCCGCGUCGAGCGCGAGUCCCUGGGCACGGUGCCGUGGAUGGAGGGCCAGGGCUGGGUGCCGGAGAUUGUCGUGACAGGCGCGGGUGACCCACGCGGCGGCGGAUUCGGUGUUGCCGGUGCACGUCUGGCAAUCUGUCGCAUGGCCGGUCUGAUGUCGCAGCAUGAAAGCGCCGCGGCCGCGCCCUCGUCGUCCAGGAAACAGAAGAAGGCCGGUCAUGGUGUGAGCGCCACGAACAAUGUCGGCGCCUCCUCCGGCACUGUCGUUCCGUUUGACCAGAUCCGGUGGUCCGAGAAGGUCACCGAGGCUGUCAUCGACCAGACAGCCGAACUGGCGUACAUUUCAAGACAGGAGGCGGAGCGCCAGGAGCGCAAGGCAUGGAGAGUCGCUGCAGCCUCCGCAGCAGAAGCCAAGGCCGAGAGUCAGUCUGCACCGGCUGGCAGGACAAAGUCUGCGUCCGAUGCUGUUGAAGUUGGGUCGAAGUCGCCGCUUUCUCGUGGUCGCAGACGGAGCUGGAAGCGGGCGUGA